AUGAGACCAUCAGGACUGUUUCGUUUCCUGGCCUUCAUCUUUGCCCUGAUCACCUCGUUGAUCUUUAUCCGCAGCUAUGUGAGCUUCGGCAUGAAUACCACCCGUCUGCCCCGCUGGCUGGGCCCAGGCUCCGAGAAGAAGAUCGAGGUCGUGAAGAUCAAGUGUGACCUCACCAAACCCUGCCCAGACAACUUCUUUGCGUUUAAAAUCCUCAGUGGGGCCGCCAAUGUCGUGGGCCCCUCCAUCUGCUUCGAAGACCACAUGAUCAUGAGUCCCGUGAAGGACAACAUAGGCAGAGGCCUGAACAUCGCCCUGGUGAACGGAACCACGGGGAAGGUGGUGCGACAGGACAGUUUCGACAUGUACUCCGGAGAUCCUAAGCUCCUGGUGAAAUUCCUUAAAGCAAUUCCAGAGGGCGUGCUGGUGCUCGUAGCCUCCUACGAUGACCCGGGGACCAAGAUGACAGAUGAACUCCGGAAGCUCUUCUCCGACUUGGGCAGCUCCUACGCCCGGCAACUGGGCUUCCGCGACAGCUGGGUCUUCUUGGGGGCCAGAGACAUGAGUAACAAGAGCCCCUUUGAGCAGAAAGAAUACUCUCCUCGGGCCAUAUUUCAUAAUGAAAAUGAGAAGCAGAGACUAAAUGGCUCAGCCUCCAUGUACUCCGAGAUCCAGAGGGAGCGGGCAGACAUCGGCGGCCUGAUGGCCCGGCCCGAGUACAGAGAGUGGAACCCGGAGCUCAUCAAGCCCAAGAAGCUGCUGAACCCCGUGAAGGCCUCACGGAGCCACCAGGAGCUGCACCGAGAGCUGCUCAUGAACCACAGGAGGGGCCUGGGCGUGGACAGCAAGCCCGAGCUGCAGCGGGUCCUGGAGCACCGCAGGCGGAACCAGAUCAUCAAGAAGAAGAAGGAGGAGCUGGAGGCCAAGCGGCUGCAGUGUCCCUUCGAGCAGGAGCUGCUGCGACGGCAGCAGAGGCUGAGCCAGCUGGAAAAACCUCCGGAGAAGGAAGAGGACCACGCCCCGGAAUUCAUCAAAGUCAGGGAAAACCUGCGGAGAAUCGCCACGCUGUCCAGUGAAGAGAGGGUGCUGUAG